AGACCUAAAAUAAAAAACCAAUCUUUUUCUAUUUUUAUUUAAUGUUGUGGUAAUAAAUAAUCAUAUGGUCGUUGUGAAAAAAAAAAUUUUGAACGACUUGCUGUGAACGAACGAGUGAAAGGUAGGCAAUGAGGAAAUUGUGGGAACAAAGCUCCACUUUUUCUUGCAUGCUUUAAAAACAAGAAACCCCCAUUCAUUAUUUCAUUACAAGAAACAUAAUCUUUUUCAUUUUUUUAUUACAUCAUUAUUUGGAGAGGAGGGGUUGUUGUUUCUUGAUUUUUUUUUUCACGGCUGAAGAGGGUUUGAUUUUGUUUUUGUUUUGGGGGGUGGGGGUUGAUGAUCAAGAGCCUUCUCUUGUUUUUUUCUUGGAGAAGGCUCUGAGGCACAGAGAUUUGGCAAAUUUUUGAAUUUCUUUUAUUUGUUUAUUUGAGGAAAAAAAGAAUGAUGAGGUGGUGGAUUUCAUCUCUUCAAUUAGUGGAGCUUUUUGUGAGUUCUAUGGUUCAUAUGCUAUAUGGGUUUUACAUAUUUAGUACAGCUGUGGCUGGGGAUUUGUCACAGGCGUUCAGUGAUUGGAUUUUCAAACCUAAUUUGGCUGAUGGUUUGAAAAGGGUUGACUCGGAUAAGUCAAUUGAGGGGUUGCCCCCCAUUAACUGGGUUCUAAGCAUAACCUCGUUAUCCGGAGCAUUCAACGGUACAACAAGAGCCUAUUUAGAUGGAAUGCAGCCAGAAGACGGAAUGUCACUUAAGCCCCUGUGUCUACUCCAACUAUGCCGAGUUGGAGUAAUUCUUUAUGAUUGGUUUGAUGGACAAUGGCUGAAAUCCUAUUACAAUUUCGGAUUCGACCAUUUCAAUAUGUCUAGAAAGAAAAUCGGAAUUUGGGGCCUCGUUAAUUGCCUCGUGGGUAGGAGCGGCCCGUUUGCAUCGGGUGAUUGGAUUCUUCCGGAUCUUACUAUCCAAGGCUCCAUGAGAUUGAACAGCCAUAUUCAGACAUUUCCAGAUACGUAUUAUUUCAGUUACGCCACUAAACGUACUCGGAAAAUAAUGGGUGUCACGAUCCCUUCCGGCUUACUCGGAAUCCACCCUUUGCUGUUUAUUCGAGUUCUUCAGAUGAGUCAAUGGAGUCACCCUCCCGACGUUUCUCCUCCUUAUAAAGGCUAUCGGGAUGAAGAUUGGUGGGACAAUGAUGGAGCGCUGAACACGAUAUCUAUGACGCACCCUCGUUUUCCGACGGAGCAUCCUAGUCAUUUAGUUGUUAAUGAUUCGGAAUGUCAACCUUUACAACCAGGCAUCUGGUAUUACAAAAUUGUGGACGGUGAUCACAUACUUUUCAUAGUGAAUCGAGAGAGAGCUGGAGUACAAUUCGAUCUGAUAUACGACAGUAUAUUCGAAAGAUGCAGAAAACACGCGUUUAGAAAGACUCCAACAAUGCCUAACCAAGUUCACCAAUAGUUCGCAAAAAAUGGGUAGUAAAAUAGUGAGACUUUCCCAUGUCUCGUUUUCGUUUUUUUUUUUUUGAACUUUCGAUUAUUGAGUUGUGGGCGUUGCCCUCGUGGAUGGAAAAUGCAAAUGCUCGAUCGCUUCUUUCAGAUUGUAUAUUUACUUUCACUUGUAAUAUGUUUAGGCCUUUCGGAUACUGCCACGGAACACGCAGAGUUGUAUUCUUGAAAAAAAUGAAAAGAAUUAUAGAAAAUUUCUU